AGAUGGGGGUCUCGCCUGCGGAGAACAACUGCUGCUCUCCUGGUUGCUGACCAACACUCCGAAGAGAGAGGGCACACUUUAGGACACUCUGAAUAGACUCGAUAGGAAGUCUUGAGCACUUCAAAAGACUCUAGAUGGCUAUGGGAUAUUCUAUAAGAAUUCCGAAUGGUCCCCAGUUUUGAAAAAUUCGAUAUCAUCUAUAAGAAUUUUUAGGAGACUCGAAGACUUGAGAAGCCUUUUUACUUGAUUUUUUAGAAUAACUAUUUGUUUUUCUAUUCAUGUUUCUUAUAUUCUCAAACCCAAGUUGUGGGAUGCUGAAGGAGGAACUUCCUUUCUUCUAGUACUCAAGGUCUGGCGUUGACAUUCCACCUCUUUCACAUCGUGUUAAACCGCCUACAGAAGGCCACUAAACCCAAACCCAACCCACCAGCGAAUCACUCCAAGACAACUUACGGAACUGCAGAACUACAGAACCUCCAAGUGGUCCCCUCGCAGUGGUCGCCAUGAGCGAUAGCAGCAGCAGCAGCAGCGCCCCGGGGGCGCGGCCUUCCUUUGCCCGCGUGGCCAAGAAGGUUCGCUGUGCGGCGGCGGUGGCCAGCCUGGCAAAGAGCUGGCAGGGCUGGGCCAACGUGCACUCGGAGCAGCAGGAGACCAUCCCCAGCGGCUGGAUGCCCGACUCUCUGGAGGUCGGGGACUCAAAGGAGCAACACACCCGCGCGGUGAAGAAGCUGCUGGUAGCGCCCCGUGUCGCCUCCGCAGACACCGACGACGGCGGUAAGAUCCGCAGCGGGGCCGUGACCAAGAGCGUCCCGCUGAGACGCAGCGAGUGCAGCAGCGGAGACCUCAUCAGCUCCAUCCUGGGCAAGAUGGAGACCGGUCCCGCCGAGUUUAAACCGCUCGCGGGCAGCGAGUCGCCCACCCGGCGUCGCCAGAUGAGGGCGCUGCAGAACGGCGCUGGGGCCGGGGCAGGAAGUGGAGCCCUCCAGGAGAGGAAGUUGAUGCUUCAGGAUAAAUCGCUGGGCUCGCGGAGCAGCAGCCUGGACACGGAGGACAGCGGGCUGGGGGAGGAGGUGGGGCUUAGCGACAACAGCGAAUCAAAGAGGGAGUUGAGUAACGGGCUCCUGAAGAAGCCAAUCGACAGGCCCAAGAUCAAGGUGACCACCACGGGGGACAUCCGGAACCGCUGGCAGCAGUGGUCGGUGAAGCACAUUGAGGGCCAGAAGCUUAACCCCUUCAGCGAGGAGUUUGACCAUGACCACGCCAUGGCCCAGCGGCUGCAGAAGGGCGACAGCGGCUACGGUAAGCCCAAGGAGGGCUCCAAGACGGCGGAGCGCGGCGAGCGGGCGCAGCGGCACGUGCACAAGGAGAUGGAGGAGAUGGUGUGGAUCAUCCAGGAGAUGGGUGACAAGGACCGGCAGGGGAACACCGUGGUGACCUUCGGACGGCUGUUCGACCGCUACGUCAAGAUCUCCGACAAGGUGGUGGGCAUCCUGCUACGCUGCCGCAAGCACAAGAUGCUGGAGUUUGAGGGCGAGAUGCUGUGGAAAGGACAGGACGACCACGUGGUCAUCUCCGUCCGGGAAUGAGCCUGAGACGGGAGGAGCCUGGGGGGGAAUCCUUGGUUGUGAUUGUUGACUUAAGCCAUAAGAGCCCACAAAGCACACAUAUUUUGUUUAUAUUUAUAGUGCAACAAUAGAUCCCAGCAAAACACACCUAGCGCCUUUUUUUGAUUGCUUUGUGUAGGACUGAUUUCUGUUUUGGACAUGUAAAAUGAAACAUUGUGUCAUAUGUCACGUUUGAGGCUUU